GGUGGAGGUCACACUGAAGAUCUUAAAUAAAAUUCCAAAAAAUGACCUCGUUUUGAGACUGGAGAGAAAUCUGCAAAGUGGGGAGGAUCUGAGCUCUGCAGCUGCAGCCGGUGAUUACAGCCCUGAGAGGAAGCGCGAGAGGAGCUUGAAUGCAGAGCCUGUGUCUGAGACCCAGCAGGGAGGGGCACAGUCCAUGACUGAUGCUUCCGCCCCGACCUCCAAUCACCAGGACACAAAAAAAAGUGUUCAGGAGAAUCUGAAGUCUCGUCUGAAGAAGAAGUUUGAGUGCAUACGUGAAGGGGUUGCCAAGCCAAGAAAACGCACCCUAAAGAGUAUUUACACAGAGCUCUACAUCACAGAGGGGGACUGUGAACGGGUCAAUAAUGAACAUGAGGUGAGGCAGAUUGAAACAGCAACCAGGACACAGUCUACCCAAGACACUGCAAUUAACUGCAACAACAUCUUUAGACCCUUAGCUGGACAAGACGUACCCAUCAGAACUGUGGUGACUAAGGGCAUCGCUGGUAUUGGAAAAACGGUCUCUGUGCAGAAGUUCAUUCUUGAAUGGGCAGAAGGAAAAGCUAAUCAGGAUAUUGAGUUCAUGUUUCCCUUUCUUUUUCGGGACCUGAACUCAUUUCAAGAUGAGCAGCAUAGUCUCCUUGAGCUUCUGCAGGAGGUUCACCCUGAAAUGAAAAGGUUUGAAAACAUUGAGUCUGAAGAUGACAAGGUUUUGUUCAUUUUUGAUGGUCUGGAUGAAAGUUGUCAAGACAAAAUCUGGAGCCGGAAGAUACUGUCUGAUGUAAGAAAAAAAUCCUCAGUGGAUGUGCUACUGACCAACCUCAUUAAGGGGAAUCUACUUCCCUCUGCUCUCCUCUGGAUCACCUCCCGACCAGCAGCAGCCAAUCAGAUCCCUCCAGAAUUCAUUGACAGGGUGACAGAGAUUAGAGGGUUCAAUGAUGAACAGAAAGAAGAGUAUUUCAAGAAAAGAUUAACAGAUCAGAGUCAGGCUGACAGAAUUAUCUCUCACAUAAAGAAAUCCAGGAGUCUACACAUCAUGUGCCAUAUACCAGCCUUCUGCUGGAUGUCUGCCACUGUUCUGGAGCGACUUUUGGGUGAAACUGAGAGGGGUGAAAUCCCUGAAUCACUGACUUCAAUGUACUCACACUUCCUGCUCAUUCAGGCCAAAAUCAAGCAUCACAAAUAUCAAUACCAUGAGACAGACCCACAGAAACCUCUGGAGUCAGUUAAAGAAAUCUUUCUCAAACUGGGGCAGCUGGCUUUUCAAUGCAUAGAAAAGCUCAAACCAAUAUUUCAUGAAGAGGACCUGAGAGGAUGUGGCAUUGAUGUCAAAGAAGCUUCAGUCUACUCUGGGCUGUUCACAGAGAUCUUGAAAGAGGAGUCAGUGCUGCAUCAGGAGAAAGUCUACUGCUUUGUGCAUCUGAGCCUCCAGGAGUACAUGGCUGCUUUGUAUGUGAUUCAUUCCUUCAUAAGCAAGAACUCCAGGGCAUUGAAGCCUUUUUUUGGUCAAAAGACUUUAGCCAAUCUCCAUGAUUUGCACAAGAAAGCUAUUAAGAAGGCUUUGGAGAGUAAGAAUGGACACCUGGACCUCUUCCUCCGAUUCCUUCUGGGCCUCUCACUGGACUCCAAUCAGCGCCUUCUCCCAGGUCUACUGCCAGAGACUGGAAGCAACUCUGAGAGCAUCCAGAAAACAGUUCAGCACAUCAAGGUCUUUAAUGUGAAAGAUCCCUCCCCAGAAAGGUGCAUCAAUCUGUUUCACUGUCUGUCUGAACUCAACGAUGAUUCAAUUAUGAAGGAAAUCCAUGAGUACUUGAGCUCAGAAAGUCCGUCGGGUGAAAUGAUCUCACCUGCGCACUGUUCCGCCCUGGCUCACCUGCUCCUUGUGUCUGGGAAGGAGCUGGAAGAGUUUGACCUGAAACGGUACAACACCUCAGAGGAGGGGCGAAGGCGACUGGUCCCAGCUGUGAAGUGCUGCAAGAAGGCUGUACUCAGGGGCUGUAAUCUCACAGAGAAAUCUCUUCAGCUCGUGGACUCCGCCCUGCAGUCAGUCUCCUCCCCCCUCAGAGUGCUGGACCUCAGCAACAACAACCUGCGAGAUUCAGGAGUGGAGCUGCUCUGUGCUGGACUGAAGAGCACAAACUGUAAACUACAGACUUUGAGGCUCAGGGAGUGUAACCUCACAGAGGGCUGCUGUCAUGUUCUGGCCUCAGUCCUGCGUUCUCCUCACUCAGAGCUGAGUGAUCUGGAGCUCAGAGACAACGAGCUGCAGGACUCAGGAGUGAGAGCGCUCUCUGCUGGACUGGAGGACCCACACUGUAAACUGCAGAGACUGGGGCUGUCAGGCUGUGGAGUCACAGAGAGAGGCUGUGAUUCUCUGGCUUCAGCUCUGCGUUCAAACGCCUCACACCUGAGAGAGCUGGACCUGAGCUACAAUCACCCUGGAGACUCAGGAGUGAGAGCGCUGUCUGCUGCUAAACUGGACACACUCACACUGCUUGUAGACCAUGGAGGAGAGAUCAGGCUGAAACCAGGACUGAGGAAAUAUGCUGUUGCACUCACACUGGACCCCAGCUCUGUACACAGAAAGCUGUCUCUGUCUGAGGGGAACAGGAGGGUGACAUGGGGGAAUGAGCAGCCAUACCCCGAUCAUCCAAAGCGAUUUAGCAUGUAUCACCAGGUGCUGUGCCAGGAGGGGCUGUCUGAGCGCUGCUACUGGGAGGCAGAGUGGAGGGUGGAGAAGGGUGGGAAAUGGCCCUGUCUCGCAGUGGCCUAUGAAACGCUUGGCAGGAAAGGACGGGGUGCUGAAAUGCAGUUUGGACACAAUGACAAGUCCUGGAGUCUGUGCUGUUCUAAACAGAAGUACUCUGCCGCUCACAGAAAUAUCUCCACUGACAUACCUACUGCCCCCCCUUCCUGCAGAGUAGGGGUGUACCUGGACUAUCCGGCCGGCACUCUGUCCUUCUACAGCGUCUCCUCUGACACACGUACCCUCCUGCACACUUUCCACAGCACCUUCACCCAGCCCCUCUACCCUGGGUUUAAACUGAAUAAGGGCAACUCGCUGUCCCUGUGCAUGCUGGGAUAGGUUCCUGGGUGUGUGGCUCUCGGUGUAAAAGAAAAUCUUAAUGUGCUAGAAAUUCCAGAAGUCGACCAGCUCAUGCCUCGGCACAGUGAGUGAGUCUGUCUGCAAGAGGGGAGUCAGUUUUAGAUCUGCUGUUAUGUACUGAUCCUGACAGAAUUUGCAGUAUAGAGGUAAUGGAGUGAUCAUUCCAGGAUUGGGAUUUUUUUUUUUUUUUUUUUUUUUUUUUUUUUAACGCAUCCAAGUACAGGAGUUUUAGACGUGUCAACUUCAAAAGUGAUGAAAUUUGAGUAAUGCAGACUGGGUGAAACUUCUGAAUUGCAGAACUGUGAUUGAAAAGUGGGGCAGGUUCAAAAUGGUUGUACUUGAUGUGCAGUGUACACAAUUCAUUCCAGAGGUACGGAAAGGUAAGCUAAGAAAGUGGAGGAAUAAAGCUAUAUGACGGAGUGCAGAGGCAGCGGGCCCUGAUGGCAUAUUCCCAAGGGUUCUCAAGAAAGUGAAAUCAUUUUUAAACCACUGGCUUAAAACUUGACUUUAAAAACUGGAGAAAUACCAGAUGACUCAAGGGGAUUUGAACCCCCAGCCUUUUUAAAUCAGCAAGGCCAAAAA